AUGUCUGGUGAUUUCCUUCCUGAAAAUUCAAUUGUGGUGGGGUGUGGAGCGGUGGGCUUGGAUUUCUUGGCCACUGUUGCUGCUUAUCCCAAGCCAGAUCAAAAAAUCAGAAGCACUUCCUUCAAAAUUGAAGGAGGUGGCAACGCAGGCAAUGCCUUAACCUGCGCGGCUCGCUUGGGCCUCAAGCCAAGGAUCAUCUCCAAGGUUGCAGAUGACACUCAAGGAAAGCGCAUAUUAGAUGAGCUGCAGGCUGAUGGUGUAGAUACCUCCUUUAUGGUGGUUUCUAAGGAUGGCACUUCACCAUUUACCUAUAUCAUUGUUGACAACGAAACCAAGUCGCGAACUUGUAUACAUACACCAGGAUUUCCUCCUAUGAAAUCAGAAGAUCUUCCUGAAUCAAGUUUGUUAUCUGCAUUGAAUGGAGCAAGAAUUGCUUAUUUUGAUGGGAGAUUGCAUGAAACUGCUCUAGUUGUUGCAAACAAGGCAGUUAAGAUGAACAUACCUAUUUUAGUGGAUGCAGAAAGGCUAAGAGAGGGUUUGGAUGAUCUUUUGAAAGUAGUUGAUUAUGUCGUAUGCGCUGCACAGUUUCCACAGGUGUGGACAGAGGCAGCAACUAUUCCAAAAGCACUUGUUUCUAUGCUUCUAAAGUUGCCGAAAGUCAAAUUUGUGAUUGUAACUUUGGGAAAAGAUGGUUGCGUAAUGCUUGAGAGAAGUGCUAAUGAGGUUACAUCCACAGAAGAAGAAAUGGAUGUUGACAAAUUACUGAAAUCUCUUGAAACAAGAAAGAAUAGGAGCAUAUGCACCCCAAGCUGCAUAUCAUCGUCGGUGACAAAAUUGCGUGCAGAAGGUAUAGGAACCAUUUCUGGUAGGUUGUACAUUGGAACAGCUGAAAACAUACCACCAUCAGAGCUUAUCGAUACCACUGGUGCCGGUGAUGCAUUCGCAGGAGCUGUUCUCUACGCUAUCUGCGCCAACUUUGCAACAGAGAAAAUGCUAUGCUUUGCUGCCAAAGUGGCAGCUGCCAAGUGCAGAGCUCUAGGGGCGCGAAGUGGUCUUCCGCGCCACAAUGAUGGGGGCUAG